AUGUCGAGGACGGGGAUGCCAGUGAUCAACUUUAUAAACUUCAACCAGACGGGAACAUGUAUCUCUAUGGGGACAUCAGAGGGGCUGAAAAUCUUCAACUGCGAUCCUUUUGGGAGAUUCUAUUCGGAUGAGGAUGGAGGAUGUGGCAUCGUGGAGAUGCUGUUUUCAACGUCGCUGCUGGCAGUGGUAGGGAUAGGAGAUAACCCGUCUAUGUCGCCGCGGCGGCUGCGGAUUCUGAAUACGAAGAGGCACUCGGUGAUCUGUGAGGUCACCUUUCCGACGACUAUCCUGGCUGUGAAGAUGAACCGCUCGAGGUUGGUGGUAUUACUUCAGGAGCAGAUAUACAUAUACGACAUUAAUAGCAUGAGGCUUCUCUACACGAUUGAGACGUCUUCGAAUCCGCGCGGACUUAUUUCCAUGUCUCCGAGUCUGGAAAACAACUACCUGGCUUACCCGUCACCUCCCAAAGUAAUCAAUUCCGGAAUCAAGAGCAAUGCGAAUACGAACAAUAUCGGCAUAUCUGCUAGGAGUUCUAUAGCUGAAGGUGGCUCUGAAUAUCUGGAUAAGGGGACGGAGCCGCUCACCGAUAGCAGCAAGGCCGGUGCCGAUUUGAACUCCGUGAAGGCAAGUACAGAGACCACUAUCUCCCCUGGGAAAGAGCAUAGUGCUGGAAGUGGGUUGAAUGCCACUUCAAGUAGCGGGACGGUGAAAAAUGGUGAUGUUAUUUUCUUCAACUUACAGACGCUGCAGCCGACGAUGGUGAUUGAAGCGCAUAAGGGCGAGAUCGCUGCUCUUGCCCUGAGUAAAGACGGUACUUUACUAGCUACUGCAUCUGAAAAAGGUACUAUAAUUCGUGUCUUUUCGGUCGAAACGUGCACCAAGGUUUAUCAAUUCCGGAGAGGGACUUAUCCUACACGAAUAUACUCGCUGAACUUUAGCGAUGACAACGAAUUCCUUGCUGCAAGUUCGUCUAAUAAGACUGUACAUAUAUUCAAGCUAGGUAAACCGAAUGCGGAAAACUCCAGCGCAGCCGCUACAAAUAGUGAUGAUGAUGAAGGAGAAGCGGACUCGGAUGACGGCGCCGAUGACGACGGAGUUGGUGAUAGCGACGACACAAGGUCUACUGUAAGCAUCGAAUCAUUUGACAAUGGGUCACACCAAACUCGAGAACCAAUUGUAGACUCAAGCAGAAAAACUGUCGGACGGAUGAUCCGGAAAUCGUCCCAGAAUCUUUCGCGCAAGGCAGCUAAAGCGUUAGGCAGCUAUUUCCCGAAGAAGGUCACCUCCAUCCUAGAGCCGCGGCGUCAUUUUGCGAGCCUAAAGAUCCCCAUUGAGAGUGGUAGCAACUUGAAGACCAUUUGUACUAUUGGCGAGCCUUUGACGCUAGACAUCUCUGACUACCCAGAAUUAUUCAGCGGAUCUCGGACAAUGGCACAGAGCGCAAGUAUUUCAGCGAACUCGUCUGACUCUUCCUUGACUAGGAAUUCCAACUUUGUCAAAAUGAUCCCCAUCAGGGUCGUUUCCAGCGAAGGAUAUAUGUAUAACUAUGUACUUGACCCAGAGCGGGGCGGUGACUGUCUGCUUCUUAGCCAGUACCCGCUGCUCAUGGAUUGA